AGCAGAGAAAAGAGAGCAAUUCAUUGAAGAAGAAAGAGAGAGAAAGAAAUUGAAUUCUAGAGAGAGAAAGAGAGUAAAAAUGGUGAAAGACAGAAAGAUAGGUGUGGCCAUAGAUUUCUCAAAGAGCAGCAAACUAGCUCUUCAAUGGGCAAUCGACAAUUUAGCUGAUAAAGGAGACACAAUCUACAUCAUCCAUGUUCUUCAUUCUUCAUCCUCCGAAUCUCGCAAUCUUCUCUGGUCCAAAUCUGGAUCUCCCCUGAUUCCUCUAGCUGAGUUCCGGCAACCGGAGAUCAUGAAGAAGUACGAGGUUGAAACUGAUAUGGAAGUUCUCGACAUGCUCGACACUGGUUCUCGACAAAAAGAGGUAACUGUGGUGGCUAAGGUUUAUUGGGGGGAUGCUAGGGAAAGGUUGAUUGAAUCUGUUGAAGAAUUAAAGCUUGAUUCUUUGGUUAUGGGUUGUAGAGGACUCAGCACCAUUAGAAGGAUUAUAAUGGGGAGUGUUACAAAUUAUGUGAUGGCGAAUGCUCCAUGCCCAGUUACUGUGGUGAAGGAUCAAGAGGAAUUUCAUAAGCACUAAAAUCAAUUAAUGAAUGAUGUUAUUGAAUUCAUGCUUUUAUGUAAUCUCUUUCUAUUUAAUGCUUUGUUUGCUUAUUAAAUAAUAACAAAACACAAGGAUCAUAUCAGAUCAGACACAUUCUGAUUUACAUAAGAGAGUUUUCUUUCUUUCUUUCUUUCUUUCUUUGUGUUUAAUCUACUUGUAAGACUAUAAUUAUGGUAAACAAAAUAAUAUUUGAUUUGAUUAUUA